CUACCACUUUAAACCCUCUUCAAUCACUUUUAACGGAGCUUCUUUGGUUUUUUCCGAAUCUUAUAAUCAUCUCUUUCCAAAGUAACAUCAGAACUCUAACGAUAAGCCAACUACUAGAAGACGAACUUCACAUUUCCUGACGAUCAAUACGUACAUACACAUGCUCUGCCACUUCUAUAUCUCAAGAAGAAAAAAGAAAGAGAGAAAAAGAAAUUGCCACUUCUUUUUUCUUUGAGGUUUUGGCUGUAUUUCACACAAGAUGGUGAGUUUUUUUUCUACUCUAUCAUCUAUGGAUUUGAAAAAGAUGGCAUUUUCAGAUCAGGUAUUAUCAUCUCAGAGGAGGAAGGUAGUUUCGCCCUGUAGCUUUGGCAUCGUGUUGUUCUUCAUCGUUUUGAGCGCAUUACUAUUUAGUGUUUCAUCCAAAGGCCCUUUUCUUCAAGGGCUGUACAAUCUUGGCUCACGCGGUAAUACUUCUUUUGUUUCUUGGCAUAAUACUACUAAUUCUAGUGUUACUCCGAAUUUGCAAUUUCCUUUGAAUGAAACCCUUGAUGCAAAUGUUACUGCGAGUGGUAAGGGGGCGGAUUCUGUGAAAUCUGGAGGUGGGGAGGAGGGUUUUGAGACCGCCCCUGCGGGUAAUCAGUCGGUGAAGUUCGAAGAUGUGAGCUUUAUUCUUGAAGGAAGUGUUGGAUUGGAGAGAGGUGCGAGAAACGGGUCACAGCCUGUUGGGAAUGCAAUCUUGGUGGAUGAUAGUGGGGGAAGAAGGGAAUCGGGGGCGCUCCGUGUUGGGGAUUCCGUUGGUAAUGUGAAGAAUGAGAGUGUUAGUUUGAAAGAAGAUGGUGAGUUGGGAGAGGGAGAUGCGAGUGAGGUUUCCACUGCUAAGUCUGUUGAGGAUGAACAGAGCUCGUGUGGGUCGGGGGUUGAAUCUUUGGAAGGCGGCCAUGUUGGUAAUUGUUCGAGUAAUGGUGGUUUAAGGCAUGAAGGAGUGAAUGCACCUGCACCUGCACCUGCACCUGCUGCAAGUGAUAGAUCCUACAAGAACUGUGACAUCUUCAAUGGUAGAUGGGUGAGGGAUAAUGCAGAGCCAUAUUAUCCUCCCGGUUCCUGUCCUUAUAUCGAUAGGGACUUCGAUUGCCACCUUAAUGGGAGACCUGAUAGUGAGUAUAUUAAGUGGAGAUGGCAGCCAUAUGACUGUGACAUCCCCAGGUUCAAUGUGAUUGAUUUUCUUGAGAGACUUAGAGGGAAAAAGCUAGUAUUUGUUGGCGAUUCUUUGAAUAGGAACAUGUGGGAAUCUCUUGUUUGCAUUCUCCGCCAUGGGGUUGCAGACAAAAGCCGAGUAUACGAGAUAUCUGGGAAGCACGAAUUUAAAAAGAAGGGGUUUUAUGCUUUCAGAUUUGAGGACUACAACUGCUCUGUAGACUUUGUUAGUUCUCCUUUCCUUGUAAAGGAAUCAUCCUUCAAUGGAAAAAAUGGUUCUGUUGAGACAUUGAGACUGGAUUUGAUGGAUGCUACGACUUCAAUGUAUCACGAUGCAGACGUGCUUAUUUUCAAUACCGGCCACUGGUGGACUCACGAGAAAACCUCACGCGGAGAAGGCUAUUACCAGGAAGGUGAUUAUGUGCACCCGAGGCUUAAAGUUCUGGAAGCAUUCAAGAGGGCGCUCGCCACUUGGGCUCGAUGGGUCGAUAAGAAUAUUGAUCCUAACAAAACUGAAGUUGUUUUCAGGGGAUAUUCGGUCACGCAUUUUAGGGGUGGACCAUGGAACGCAGGAGGUCAGUGCAAUAACGAAACGGAGCCGAUAAUGAAGGAUGCUUAUUUAGCGAAAUAUCCUGCGAAAAUGAGGAUUCUAGAACACGUGCUCAAGGAUGCGAAAACCCCGGUUGCAUAUCUCAACAUAAGCCGAUUGACGGAUUAUAGAAAGGAUGGGCACCCGUCGGUGUACAGGCCCGACUAUGAGGCAGCGCAGCGACAAGUCCAUGCGCAAGAUUGCAGCCACUGGUGCUUGCCCGGAGUGCCUGAUACGUGGAACCAGUUGCUUUAUGUCUCGCUGUUGAACACCGGAAAGGGAUCUUGGGGACCUUCGUUUUAGUCCAUCUUUCUUUGUUUUCCACGCAUUCAAGGGAAGUUUAUUUUUUUGUAUAAUAGUAGAAUAUCAUUCAUGCAACUCACCAUUAUCAAGCAAGUCGAUUUCUGUAGUUUUAGAUGAUUGGAAUUAAUUCGAUUUGUCACUCUACUAA